GCCUUUAUUGUGCUUGCUAGAACCGAGAACUCGGGUAGGGUGGGGGGAGAGCAGAGAGGGGACCCCUCCAGUUCCAUGUGGGCCCCAGCUCUUGGGAGGCUGUAGCUGCACGGGUCGAGGAGCCCUGCGGGCGCGAUGCAACGCUGCUGAUUGUCUCCGCGUUCCAAGCCUCCCGGGCGCGAUUCUUUCCGUUCCGGCUGCGUCUGGGAGGCAGCUGGGGACCGGCUGCCUUCCCCGGGUCCAGCCAUGGCCCCCAUGGGCAUUCGCCUCUCCCCGCUUGGCGUGGCUGUCUUCUGUCUGCUAGGGCUGGGCGUGCUCUAUCAUCUCUACUCCGGCUUCUUGGCCGGCCGUUUCGCACUCUUCGUCUUGGGGGGAGACCGAGGCGGUCCCGACGCGCCGGGCUCUCAGGCCGAUGGGGGCACGGUGGACCUUCGCGAGUUACUGGCCGUGUCCGUUCUGGCGGCCGUCAGGGGAGGGGAGGAGGUGAAGAGGGUCCGCGAGAGCAAUGCUCUCAACGAGAAGGCCAAAGGGAAAACCCGGGAAGGAGCCGAGGAGAAGAUGACCAGCGGGGAUGUGUUGUCGAACCGCAAAAUGUUCUAUCUUCUGAAAACCGCCUUCCCCAAUGUGCAGAUCAAUACUGAAGAACAUGUGGAUGCAGCUGACCAGGAAGUUAUCUUGUGGGAUCACAAUAUUCCUGAAGAUAUUUUGAGGGAGAUAACCAAACCCAAGGAAGUUCCAGCAGAAAGUGUUACUGUCUGGAUUGAUCCACUUGAUGCUACACAGGAAUAUACAGAGGAUCUUCGGAAGUAUGUCACUACAAUGGUGUGCGUAGCCGUCAAUGGUAAACCUGUGCUGGGAGUCAUUCAUAAGCCAUUCUCUGCUUAUACAGCUUGGGCAAUGGUGGAUGGUGGCUCCAAUGUGAAAGCUCGUACUUCUUACAAUGAGAAGACCCCAAGGAUCAUUGUGUCUCGCUCCCAUUCAGGCACAGUUAAACAGGUGGCUCUUCAGACAUUUGGAAACCAGACUACAAUCAUACCUGCGGGUGGUGCCGGUUACAAAGUUUUAUCUCUCUUGGAUGUGCCUGAUGAGAACCAAGAAAAAGCUGAUAUCUAUAUCCACGUGACAUAUAUUAAAAAAUGGGAUAUUUGUGCUGGCAAUGCCCUCCUUAAAGCUCUUGGGGGCCAUAUGACCACCUUGAGUGGUGAAGAGAUAAGUUACACUGGCUCGGAUGGCAAUGAAGGAGGACUCCUAGCCAGCAUCAACAUGAACCAUCAGGCACUGGUCAGAAAACUCCCAGAUCUUGAGAAGACAUCACACAAAUGAACCUAAGGUCUGCAAGGAAACGCCUCUCCUUCUCAGAGCUGCAAAGGGUCAGCCUGAAGGGCCCUGGGCUACAGACAAUCUGUAGAAGACUAUGCAUGAUCAAGGCCAUCCAGUUUUCUUGAGACGAAAGAAAGCAGAAGGGAUUCUCCCCACUCCCUACUCCCUUCCCUUUAAGAUGCAAGAUUGAAGAGGAUGGGUCGCUUUUUAUCUCAUUCACCAUCUUUAUUUUGAAGACUGUUUUCAUACAGUUGUCAUACUCACGGUGCAUAAAUGUGGUUGAAAUCUAGAACUGAACAGACCUUAUUUGAGUGACUUGUCACAGCAGCAUCGUUAAACUUAUUAACCUUUCACAAAGAAUCAGGCAGAAAUCAAGGAAUUAAUUUUGAAAGUUCAUUUGGCAUUACUUUAUAAUAUACCUUGCUGAAAAUGAGGUCCUAUCAAGGAUUUCUCCCCAGUUCCAUUUGGAUGGAAAGCACAAGGAGCCAAACACCCAUCUAUAUGCAAGAAAUAAAUAACUAUUCAUCUGUGACAGAACAUUUCUGACUGAUUAAAAAUAACAGAAGAGUUUGAUUUUGUUUUUUUUUUUUCCAGAACUUUUAAAAGUUGGUUGUCCAGCUGGUAGAAAAUAUUGAAUUUUUGAUUAUUUGUAAAUCAUGGUAACCAUUAUUUCUGUGUAUUUUAAAAGAAAAUUGUGUUUCUUGACAUAGCUUUAAUGUCUUGCCGUUGAUUUUCACUUUCCCUGUGGAAGAUGCAUGACUCACUGGGUGCUCCCCCAACUCCCUUCCCUGUCCUAAUUAUUGAUUCUUCUACUUGUAAGUUUUAUUCUGGAGUUUCAGCAUUGGCCCUAGGAAUUUUACUAUACCUUUUCACUAUCUAUUUUCAAUGAAAAGACUGUUGGAGCCCUAAGGUACAGAAAGAGGGAUCACAAAAAUAGAAAUGAAUUGUUGGUCAUUGAAGUUGAAUGUGUUGAUAAGACCAGAAUUGAGCUAGCCUUUUUACCUCAAAAAAAGAUACUCAAAUUAUCUCUGAUUUGGAAAAAAAAAAAAGUGUUGUUUUGUUUAUAUUUAAAAGAUCUUAUCUUCAUUGUAAUAAGUUCAUCUAGAAGGAGUUACUGCUGCUCUCACUGUCUCAGAAGAAUUGCAUUUCCCUAGACUACUAGUGGUCUUUGGGGUAUCACAUAAAUCCACUGAGGCUUAGAGUUCAUUCCGAUGAGAAUUAUCUUCUGAUUAAGCUUCAGAACCUCCUUCACAAAGGAAGGAUGAAACAUUUACCUUGUGGCCUGUUUCGUUCUGGCUGUAAGGAUUGCUUACUUUGAGUUCUCAUCCUAAAGUGGUUUCUCUCUGGGUGACACUAUUGAUUCCAUACCUUAACACCUCAAGUACACUAACCAAUGCCAUUCUUUUUUUAAAAAUCUCUUUAAGUGUUCCAUUGUUGUGUGGAACAGUGGCAAAGAAGGGAUCCUACUGAAAGAGAGGUUAAAUGAAAUUUAACCUUUUAAACUUAAUUUCAUAUUAUUUUCUUUUAGUAACAUGGCUUAAUAUUUCUGUACCAUCUUUACUGUGAAGGUAAAGCCUGCUAGAAUGGAUAAUCUGGUCAUGGAUUUCUUGUGAUGCAGACCAUGUUGAGGGCACCAUUUCUAGGGCCCUUUGUCAUGGAAGAUGGCGACUGGAAUACCUAGGGUGUGCCUAAAGGCUGCUGAUACCAUUUCAAUGACCAGAGGACAAAACUGCUAAAAAAAAAACAACAAAGAUGUGAAGGAGAUAGGAAUGUCAUGGUCAGGGGGAAAAAAGUGGACUCUUCAUAGUAAUGAGAGGUCACUCCGUAUCAUCCAUUCAUAUAUUUUUAAUGUAGUCCUCUACACUGACAGUACAUGGCUGGCAAGAGUGUUGGCCAACAUCAUGUGGGAGCAGUAGUGAGGAACAAAGGUUCUCUUGGCUCAUCUUCACGAAUCUGGUUGUUUUCUGUGCCCACAGCCAUUUAAUAUUCUUUUGUUGAACAAUGCCUAUUUUUUGGCCAUUCUAAUGGUUAGGAUAUUUGUAAUUUAUGCAAUUAAAUAAGAAUUCUGUAUACAGUGUUGAGAGUUUGAAAAUCUUUAGUUAUUUGGUUAGCAUUUAUAGUUAAAAAGAACCUUUUACUGGUAUGGUAAAAGGAGCAAGGAAGGUAUAUCACUGCUGACUCAACUUGAAUCUUCUAGCAGUAUAUUUGGAAGUGGCAUUUGUUUUCAUUCAGUCAGCUUUUAUCAGAGGCCUAGUUUGUGCAAAGCUCUGUUCUGAGGGCUGAGAGGGAUACAGAGGUAUGUGAGGCAUAAUCUUAACCAGCACAUAUUUUUAGCUGGUAUUCACCAGUAAAUAUAUACCAGCAAACAACUGUUUUAUACCAGCAAAUUUGGUGAAAGUCACAUAUUUACCAAUUUGGCCUCAAUACUAAGAGCAAGUGUGUUAGGAGGAGAAAUGUAGCCAAUAUAUCCUUUCCUGCCUACAUGGGACAUAGGACCAGGUUGGGAAAUUCCAAUUCAGAGAGGGCAAAGUCCCUUCUGUGAUGUUGUUAAAAAUUUUUCUCUUUUGUAUUUCUCCUUGGCUACCACGUCCAUUCAGCAGUGUAUUAGGCAUUAAUUGGUAGUUAUAUGACUUCAUUGAUAUGACAGUGAAUUGUGUAUUUGGCAUUUUGAAUUUUAGGGUGGCUUUGUGUUUUCCCCCAGUAUUGCAUAGUUAAUUAUGAGCCUUAAAAUAAUGUUUUUCUCUUCUCCUAAGAUAAUUUAAAAUAAAUUAUUUUGAAACGGUCAAAGCUGCUAAUUUUUUGUUAAUGUCAUUUCUUCUUCCUUUGGAAUAUUGGCAAAUAUGUUUUAGGAAAAAAUGGUGCUUGUCUUAAUUGUAAAUGCCCAUAUUUUGUGGG